AUGCGUGAAAUUGUCCACAUUCAGAUUGGCCAGUGCGGCAACCAGAUCGGAGCCAAGUUCUGGGAGGUGAUUGGUGAGGAACACGGAAUUGACUCUGCUGGGAGCAACCAAGGGGCCUCAUCCCUGCAGCUGGAGAGAAUCAGCGUGUACUACAAUGAAGCCUACGGUAAGAAAUACGUGCCCCGAGCAGUCUUGGUGGACCUGGAACCUGGGACGAUGGACAGCAUUCGAUCUAGCAAAUUAGGAGCCCUCUUUCAACCCGACAGUUUCGUUCACGGUAAGUAUUCUAGAAGGUUCCCCAGGAGAGAGGGAUGCCUCUUAGUGGUUCCCUUCUCCCAUCACCUUUCUUUGCCCUCCUUAUUCUUUGUGGCCACAGGGAACUCCGGGGCCGGCAACAACUGGGCCAAGGGCCAUUACACGGAGGGUGCGGAGCUGCUGGAGCGCGUCCUGGAGGCGGUGAGGCAGGAGAGCGAGGGCUGCGACUGCCUACAGGGCUUCCAGCUGGUGCACUCCCUGGGUGGCGGCACAGGCUCCGGCAUGGGCACGCUGCUCAUGAGCAAGAUCCGGGAGGAGUACCCGGACCGCAUGAUGAACUCCUUCAGCGUCAUGCCGUCCCCCAAGGUGUCGGACACGGUGGUGGAGCCCUACAACGCGGUGCUGUCCAUCCACCAGCUGAUUGAGAACGCUGAUGCCUGCUUCUGCAUCGACAACGAGGCGCUCUACGACAUCUGCUUCCGCACCCUGAAGCUGACCACGCCCACCUAUGGGGACCUGAACCACCUGGUGUCCCUGACCAUGAGCGGGGUCACCACCUCCCUGCGGUUCCCCGGCCAGCUCAACGCGGACCUGCGCAAGCUGGCGGUGAACAUGGUCCCCUUCCCCCGCCUACACUUCUUCAUGCCGGGCUUCGCGCCCCUCACGGCCCAGGGCAGCCAGCAGUACCGCGCACUGUCGGUGGCCGAGCUCACGCAGCAGAUGUUCGACGCCCGCAACAUCAUGGCUGCCUGCGACCCGCGCCGUGGCCGCUACCUCACCGUGGCCUGCAUCUUCCGGGGCAAGAUGUCCACCAGGGAAGUGGACCAGCAGCUGCUCUCCGUGCAGACCCGGCACAGCAGCUGCUUUGUGGAGUGGAUCCCCAACAACGUGAAGGUGGCCGUGUGCGACAUACCGCCCCGGGGGCUGAGCAUGGCUGCCACCUUCAUCGGCAACAACACCGCCAUCCAGGAGCUCUUCGGCCGGGUCUCGGGGCAGUUCUCGGCCAUGUUCAAGAGGAGAGCCUUUGUGCACUGGUACACCAGCGAAGGGAUGGACAUAAACGAGUUUGGGGAAGCGGAAAGUAACAUCCACGACUUGGUCUCCGAGUACCAACAGUUCCAAGAUGCCAAAGCAGUUCUGGAGGAGAACGAAGAGGUCGUGGGAGAGGCAGAAAUGGAACCCAAAGUUGAGGGGCACUGACCGCGGGCGGCCGUGUGCGGGGUCUGGGCAGCCGUUUCCGUGGCACUUUCCCUUCACCACCGCGCGGUGA